UGGUGAAUAAAAAUAAUUGGGUAAGAAUUAAGAUGCAUGUUCAAUAUUGAGAGGGCAGAUAGCGAGCAGAGUGUGUUACAAAGAGAAGCAGAGAGAGUGAGAGAUGGAGGUUCCCGGUUCAUCGAAGAAGAUGAUAGCGACGCAGGAGGAGAUGGUGGAAGCGAAGGUUCCCCUUGCAUACAGGGACCAGUGCGCACACCUCCUCAUCCCUCUCAACAAGUGCCGCCAGGCCGAGCUCUACCUUCCAUGGAAGUGCGAGAACGAGCGUCACUCCUUCGAGAAGUGCCAGUACGAGCUCCUCAUGGAGCGCAUGCUUCAGAUGCAGAAGAUCAAGGAACGAGCCUCCCUUAACCACUCCCAAUCCAAGGGCGCCGCCUUUCCCGUCAUCCCUAAAACCGCCAAUGCCUGAUUCAUUCCAGGAACCUUUGCUCGGGCAGGAGUUCCUUCAUGUUUUUUAGUUGUGUGAAGUCGAAAUUACCUUGGAUUGUUUGUCCAGAGAUUACCAAAGACUGUUUAUACUUUAAUUCUCGCAAUUUCUCAUCAUGGACACAUGUUUUUACUUGAAAGUAAUAAAUUUUUCUUAACUUUUCAUAAGUGGAGAUAUGGUUGGUUUGCCACUUCUAUUCCCUGACCAAUCAUCACAUAUGUUUGAAAUA